UCUCAAACCUUGAAUCUUCCUGCCCUACUGCUCGACCAGCAGGAUCGGUUGGCAACACAGUCCUUACGUUGUUUCCCUUCGUUUUCCCUUCUUGGAUCCCUUCCUAAGUUUUCAAUCUUGUUCCCUUUUGCAUGGCUUUCAGGACUUCAUUGCAAUAUGCCUCCCAUCAUUGAAUCUUUCACUCUCGAUUCAUUACCCAGCGGUAACGGGAUCGCGACAGAUGUGCUACCCAACAUAUCCAGUUCUAUCGUAUUCGACAUUGGCGGACCUUUACCCCCUCCUACAUCUUCGUCAUUGUUUUCAUCCGAACUCGCCCCAUCUACUCCCUCUUCCUCUUCAUCCUCUUCAUCAUCCUCUUCUCUGUCAUCUUCUUUUUCUUCCACUCCACCUUCUUCAUCCUCGUCCUCAUCCUCAUCAUUUUUAUUCUCGCCGUUAAUCAAUGCUCUACCGCGCUCUUCUGUCGACACUACGUCCCCCUCUCCAUCCGCCCUCUCUAUCAUUUUCGCGCCAUUCCCUGUGAAAAGCCUUAUCUCGAGUUCCCCGAGCCCGUCCCAGCCAUCUGCGACUCCCGGCAGCCCAGUGGUAGUAUUACAAACAGCUUUACACGGAGACGAAAGUAAUGUGGCACCAACACCACUUCCUACAGAGAGCACGAUCGACUCACCUGCACAUUCAUAUUCUUCGAUCUCUCGUGCUCAGAUUGCAGCGAUCGUCCUCGGUAUCUGUGUGUUCUUUCUGAUUUGCUUCAUUAUUUUCGUUCUUCUCCGAACUCGUUACAGAGGGUGGAGAGUGAAAGCAUCACAGUCGGACUGUUUUGAGCCCAAACCAUCUACUGAUUCGUCUAGAAGAGAACACCUGAACGUGUCAAACUGCUCUGCAAGAGUUUCGGACACGCAAAGCAUCUCCGAAACAUCGUCGGAUAUGUUUUCCUCCGGAGAUUCCGUAGAUCAUGCCUCGCUGGCUGUGUCCUAUCUUGCAAAUGCUGAGGAUCCGGCAAACCCUGUGGAUCUCCCCAGCCCGAGGCCAGAUAGCAAUGUCUUAAGUUCACAAGAUGAUAAACCACUCCUACAUUCGCCCUAUCUUUUGACAGAUCCAAGCACACCCUCGAGUGCUACUGCACUGAUACCUUCUCCGGGUCCCAACACAGGACGUAGAACACGUCGCCAUAUGUUUUCCACCUCGAGGCUCAGUUUGACAUCUGCGCACAGUAGUGUCAAAACUUUCGCUACACAGCGUACUCAACCUCCAUGCUAUCAUAACACUCCGGGACCCAAUGAAGUCUGUAUUGCAGGUGGGCCACUUGGACAGCGAUGGUAAAGGGCCCGUCACUCGUUGAUCGUAUGCUUUUAUUUCCCUUCCUUCCAUGUGCAAAUACGUCGGUGCACUUUUCGGCCCGCUGUACCUUUCGCCAUCUACGAAUCACAGUCGUUGUACCUGCUGCUGUAUUUAUAUAAGAGAACCACUGUCUCUUGACUACAGAGAAUUUGGAUAAAUCAUAAGUC